UCCAGAACACACUAACAGUGCUAACUCACGUUGCAAUACGGGCUAAAGACAUGCGCUCCUGAGUCUGCGUGGAGUUUAUGAAUCGCCCUGCCGGGCAUCACGCCGACACAAAGGCGACACUUUGAGCUACACUCCACCCAGCGUCCGAGUAGCGCAUUUACACGGUGACCGAGUGACGAUCGCCCUUCCUGCUACGCCUAGAAAGGACUCGCGCUAUCUGCUCAGCCAUGGAAAGAAAGGUUGCCCGGGAGUUUAGGCACAAGGUGGAGCUGCUGAUAGACAAUGAGGCAGAAAAGGACUACCUGUACGACGUGCUCCGAAUGUACCACGAAUCCAUGGACCUCCCAGUGCUGGUGGGUGAUCUGAAGCUGGUGAUCAAUGAGCCUAGCCGGCUGCCCCUCUUCGACGCCAUUCGGCCCCUGAUCCCUCUGAAGCACCAGGUGGAGUAUGACCGGUUGACUCCUAAGAGGUCACGGAAACUGAAGGAGGUGCGGUUGGACCGCACUCACCCCGAGGGGCUGGGCCUGAGUGUGCGGGGUGGUCUGGAGUUUGGCUGCGGCCUCUUCAUCUCGCAGAUCGUGAAGGAUGGACAGGCGGACAGCGUGGGGCUGCAGAUUGGUGAUGAGAUUGUUCGCAUCAACGGGUACUCCAUCGCCUCCUGCAUCCAUGAAGAGGUGAUCAGUCUCAUUCGGACCAAGAAGACGGUGUCCCUGAAAGUGAGGCAUGUCGGGAUGAUACCUGUCAAAAGCUCCACAGAUGAGCCCCUCCGGUGGCAGUUUGCAGACCAGUUUGUUUCCGAAUCCGGGGACAAGAAGAGCAGCGUUGCCGGACUGGCGUCAGUCGGAGGAAAGGAGAUCAAAGAGAAGAAGGUCUUCCUCAGUCUGGUGGGCACCAAAGGCAUGGGGAUCAGCAUCUCCAGCGGUCCAAUGCAGAAGCCUGGGAUAUAUGUGAGCAACGUAAAACCAGGGUCUCUUUCAGCCGAGGUGGGGCUGGAGGUUGGUGACCGGAUUGUGGAGGUCAACGGAGUAGAUUUCACCAACGUGGAUCACAAGGAGGCUGUCAGGGUGCUGAAGAGUAGCAGAAGCUUAACUAUUACUGUUCUAACUGGAGCGGGUAAGGAGCUGUUCAUGACGGACGAGGAGCGGCUGGCCGUGGAGGCGCGCAGGGAGCUGGAGCGCCAGGAGCUCAUGCAACAGAAGCGGAUGGCUCUGGAGGCCAAUAAGAUCCUCAAGGAACAGCAGGAGAAAGAGAGACUGAGGAAAAUGGAGAUGUCUCAGAAGACAGCUGAGGAGGAGGAGCGCUAUCGGAAGGAGAUGCAGAGGAUUGAAGAGGAGGAGCAGAAACACAACAGGGAGUGGGAGGAGGACUGGGGGCCCAGGGAGCAGCCCAGGAGCCCUUCCCCUGCUCCUGCAGAGAUCAGCACCCCCCCUGCCCCCAAACCCAAGCGCUCUGACAAUGAAACGCCUGCCUGGACAAUUGAGGAGGAGGAGGAGGAUUGUGAAGAGGAGCAGGCUGGUGGGGCGGAAGGUUUCCAAAAGUAUGUGGAGGACUUCGACCCCUAUUCCAUGUUCACCCCAGAGCAGAUAUCAGGUCGGGAUGUGCGGCUGCUCAGAAUUAAGAAGGAUGGUCCACUUGAUCUUGCUGUGGAGGGGGGGAUAGAUUCACCCCUGGGAAAGCUAGUGGUAUCUACCAUUUAUGAGGGCGGCUCUGCAGACAAACAUGGUGGAAUAGUGAAGGGGGACGAAAUCUUGGCUGUGAAUGGAAAGAUCCUGACGGAUGCUGCCCUGAGUGAAGGCCAGAACGCUUUAGCCAGAGCAUGGAACAGCGGUGGGGACUGGAUCGACCUAGUGAUUGCAGUGUCACCUCCGAAGGAGUACGAGGAUGAAGUGACAUUUUUUUAAGACACCUUCUGCAGCUGCCAACCACUUGCCCAAACUCAGACAAGCUCCCUGCGGACUUUUUAAUUUCCUUAACCGUAAGAUAUCUAGUUAGACUUACUAAGCUGAAUGCAGGGAAAGCUUGUUAAUAAAGCUUAAAUGCUGUUGUGCUGAUUAAUUUACUGUGUGAAUUGUUUGUUGCAAUGAGUUGCGAGUCUGAUGCACCAUCAAAGCAGUGUUCUUCAACUUGUUUGCAUGUGGUGCGUCUGUGAAAGGUAUCAGACAUGUGACAUCCAGAGCAGAUAGACCUACUGACUGCUGGACUGUGCUGCCUUGACUGAAACACACAGACUUGGAUAAUUUUUCUCUCCUGCCAAAAUGAACAAGUGAGAGUCAUCUGCAGUAUCUACUAGUAGGGAGUACAAUAGAUCAUUUAUUGUAUGUCAACGUGGCCACAUUUCAUUGUUUUCAGAAGAAUCCUUUUAUAGGUUUAUAGAUUUCACAUCUAAUGUAUCCUUUUGGCUUUUGUGUUCUGCAGAAAUUUUGUCUGAAACUCUUCAGAUUGAUCACCAUUCUCAUCCUUUCUGUUGACGGUGGAUCUCGAUGUACCUUAAUGUCUUUCGAUCUGUACUUUUAAUAAAUGACAAUGAUUUAUUGUGGC